CUUCAGAGCAGCCUCAGCCUCAGCACCAGCACCAGCAGCGUCGGGAGUCAGCUGGCUACGCUCUCAGCACGCGCUGAGGAACCGCCCGGCGGCGGAGAUAGCUUUGGCGCCGCACUUGAGUCGGCGCUCGCUCGCUCGCUCGCUCCCUCGCUCUGCGGGCCCACGGGCGUCGCCGCCGGCGCCUCUCCUGGCCGCGGCUCUAGCCCGCAACCGAGCCCAGCCGCUUGUGCCAGCCCGGCCGAGGCGCUCCGUUUGCAGGCUUGCAGCCGCCCAAGUUUGGCCGAUGCUGAAGGGAGCAACGGAAAAUAGAACCAGGAUUUUUCAGACUUGUGCAAUCCUUCCUGAAGCUGUUUCUGGCUUUUGACUUGCCAACCAUGGUUAACACAUAACAGUGUGUAUUGUCCUGGCUCAUUAAGAGAGCCCUGCCUCAUCUUAAGUUGGAAGCACACAAAUGGUUGCGUCAAGAAGGAACUGCUGUCUUUGUGGGGAAGGAUAACUGAGCUUGCCUUCCAUGGUUUCUGCUCUCCUCCAGAACCGAAACCUUUUUUACAUACCCAGGAUUUACAAAGGAAUGUUUACAAAGAAGUUGGAAAACAAUACAAAGAACAAACAAGAGGGCUGUCAAAGCAAAAAGGAAUUAAAUAUUUCCCAAAUUGGACAAGUAAAGCUAUUCUCAAUUAGUUUAAAAAGCACAGUAAAAAAAAUAGCUAAGCAUACCUCUGUUCGCAAUUGGUCAGCUAAAGAGGAGAGAAAUAACCACGGAUUUUCUCUGUCUCCAACUUUCAGCUAUCGGGCAGCUAUUGCAAAUGGAUUGCAACAGAGAAUUUUCUUAAAUAAGAAUGAAGAUCCUUUUCAAGACGCAUCUUCUAACGAGAGCUCAUUCUCAGAAUUUUUAAGUAAAGCCAAAGACCAAAACAGGAGCAAAGAGUAUUCAUCUCACACAAUGCCCAUGAGACGCAACAGGAAGAGUGUGAGUAGCCUUGCCCCUUCAGAUGGCAGUUCUGAAGGGGACCGCACACUGCAUAACCUCAAGCUCGGUGCUUUACGGAAGUUGAGGAAAUGGAAGAAGAGCCAGGAGUACGUCUCCUCAGACUCCGAGCUUAGCAUGUGGAAAAAAACCUGGGGCCUGAGGAGCAAGUCUUUGGACAGAACUGCUCGCCCGCCAAAGUCCAGCACCUUGGAAGCCAGCUUCAGUUCCACUGGUUGCAUCAGUCAGACCCACGAUGUGAUGGAAAUGAUAUUCAAAGAGCUUCAGGGGAUCAGUCAAAUAGAAACGGAGCUCUCCGAAUUGAGGGGACACGUCAAUGCCCUCAGAGAGUCCAUUGAUGAGAUCUCCAGCAAUGUGGAAGUUGUGCAGAAUGAAAUUGAACAGUUGAGGACUGGAUUUGUACAAUCACGAAGGGAGACACAUGAUAUAUAUGAUUAUAUCAAGCAACUUGGACACGCAGGAAGCAAAACCAGUCUUAGAUUUUUAAAUGUGCCAGAGGAGAAGUUUGAGAAUGUUGAGCAUGUAGUGCACAGAAUAUUAAUAGAGAAAAUGGGAUUCUCGGAGGCUCAAAAUUCUGUCAAAAUAGAAUUUGCACAGCGACUGGGACAACAGAGAGACUGUCCUAAUGCCAAGCCACGGGCCAUUCUUGUUUAUUUUGAAACAUCCCAGCACAGAGACUUGGUUCUGAAAAAGUCUUACAAGCUUAAAGGGACUGGGAUUGGGGUUUCAGCUGAAAUUCUGCCCCGAGAUUCAAGAGAGCGGAAGCAGAGAAGCCUCCCUUCAUCUCAGACGUAUGAGAGCAUGGAUCUGAAAUGCCUAGCUACUGAUCUCAGAGCCAGAGAGCAGGAUUGGGAAUUGCUUGAUAACCAUGGCAAAGAACUGGAAUCUGAUAUCAGUCGGAACAGUUAUGCAAAAAUAUCCAAAUCUGCACCACAAAUGAAAAGAAGUUCUGCAAAAGACAAGGGAGAUGUUCUUAAAAGGGCUCCAGGUGCCAACGCUUUCCCAAGUCAAGGCAGCCCACCGAAGGAAAUCAAAGCCAGCAGCUCUUCCAAUAUGACCUCUCUGUGGCCCUCACAGGAUGAUUUGGCAGCACUAAAGCUCAGUCAUUCAGAGUCUGAUUUUUCUAAACUCUGCCAAUCUUUUUCUGAAGAUUUUUCAGAGAACCAACACUUCAUCAAAACGAACGGGAGCUCGCUUUUGUCUUUUUCCGACCGGGAACUCUGGCAAAGAACACAGGGUGACCCCACCGAGUGGACUAGUGAUCUGCAGGACCAGGGUUUUAAUCCAGAAGGCCCCACUCAUAGAGUUGAGAGUGAAAUGGAGAAUACAGAAACCAUUGACAGUGGGGUCAGCAAUGGGAUGGCAUGUGCCUCAGGCGACCGGAGCCAUUAUAGUAACUCUCAGGUUUCUUUAGAAGAUGCGCUUUCGCCAUGGAAAGACUGGAAUCAGCUAGACCAGAAUAGAGACAUGGGAGUAGAUGCCUCAAGCUACAGACAUUUGGGUUCUAACGUAAAUGAUUUUUCCCACCCACAGGUAAACCUCGGCCAGUUCUCAGAUGCCCGGUAUGAGGGAGAAAAUUAUGAUUAUGCCCUGGACAGUCGCUGCCUCUCUGGGGGAGGGUCCACUGCUGAAAUGCAGUGGUCUGACCAGCUCACUGAGCAGCAGCAGGAGGCUAGAGCCAAUGCCCUCUUUCCCACCCAAACCAGGAAGCCUGUGAUGUAUCGAAGCCAAAGUGAAUUGCCCAGCACGGAUGCUGAGGAAGGGCCUCCCAAGACUUGGCAGAGCCGGCUGAGCAUUGACCUUUCAGACAAAACCCUCCUCUUUCCCAAAUUUGGAAAUACCCUGCAACGGGCAAGGUCAGCUUUGGAAGUGGUGUGGACUAAGAGCACCCAGAGUUUAAGUGGCUGUGAGGACAGUGGGUCAUCUUUUAUGGGGAGAUUUCGGACACUGUCUCAAUCUACCGCUAAUGAAUCAAGCACCACCUUGGACUCUGACAUUUAUACAGAGGCAUCCUAUUACCGAGCUGAAGAUGGGGAAGAUCCCAGCGAAUCCACAGGCGAGCUUGAAACAGAUUAUGUGGAAGUCAUGGAGCAAGUCCUUGCUAAACUGGAGAGCCGAACGAGUGUAACUGAGUUGGAAAAACAGGUGCAGGAAGGGGAAGAGGAGGUGGCAGCUUUUGCACGAGAAGGCUCUGCUCCUGGUGGCAGUUUGGAGGACCAGGUGGCCGAUCAGCAUAUGUGGGAAGUUGCUGGGGAAGGCAUGGUAGUUGGAGAUGAACUAGAUGUAUGUGAAGACGAAAAUAAGAAUAUUCCAGUAGUCCCUGCUAAAGCACCCCUUAAAAAAAAGGGCACUCCAUCUUUUAAAGAAGCUGCUCUGAGGGCAUACAAGAAGCAGAUGAGCGAGCUGCAGGAACAGACACUUGCUGGAGAUAGCAGUUCUGUGGAUGAAAAGGCCCUUACUGUCAGCGGACGUUCCUUGGAAGCUUCCAAACUUGCCAUCCAAGCUUUUUCUGGCCCUGGGAGUGCUCUGUAUGGGAUCGAUAGCAUGCCAGACCUGCGACGGAAGAACACGUUCCCUGUCAUCCGAGAUGUGACGCUGGCUGCCCGAAAGCCGGGGGUCUCACUGGCUAUACUUGUCCGGACAUCCCUGAAUAACGAGAUGAAACUGCACGUUUUCAAAAAGACUCUGCAGGCGCUCAUCUAUCCCAUGUCAUUGACCACUCCACACUACUUUGAAGUGUGGACAGCCACAGCCCCCACUUAUUGCUACGAGUGCGAAGGGCUGCUCUGGGGCAUUGCCCGGCAGGGAAUGAGAUGCAGUGAGUGUGGAGUGAAAUGCCAUGAGAAGUGCCAAGACCUCCUCAAUGCCGACUGCCUUCAGAGGGCAGCAGAGAAGAGCUCAAAGCACGGGGCUGAAGAUAAGACCCAGAGCAUCAUUACAGCCAUGAAGGAGCAAAUGACAAUUCGGGAGAAAAACAGACCAGAGGUCUUUCACCUGAUACAGGAGGUAUUCCAGGUUUCAAAGGAAGAAUUCUCAAAGCACACAAAGGCGGCCAAACAGAGUGUCCUGGAUGGCACCUCCAAGUGGUCAGCAAAAAUAACCAUCACAGUGCUUUGUGCCCAAGGCUUGCAAGCAAAGGACAAAACUGGCUCCAGUGAUCCAUAUGUUACUGUGCAAAUUGGCAAAACAAAAAGGAGAACAAGGACUAUCUUCGGAAACUUGAAUCCAACAUGGGAUGAAAAGUUUUAUUUCGAAUGCCACAAUUCCACAGACCGAAUAAAGGUCAGAGUUUGGGAUGAAGACGAUGAUAUUAAGUCACGAGUGAAGCAGCAUUUCAAAAAAGAAUCGGAUGACUUUUUGGGACAAACUAUCAUCGAUGUGAGAACUCUGAGUGGGGAAAUGGAUGUCUGGUACAACCUGGAUAAGCGCACGGAUAAAUCUGCCGUUUCUGGGGCCAUUCGGCUGAAACUCAAUGUUGAAAUCAAAGGAGAAGAGAAGGUCGCACCAUAUCACAUGCAGUACACCUGCUUACAUGAGAGCCUCUUCCACUACUUGACUGAGGUGAAAGCAGGUGGAGCUGUUCAGAUCCCAGCAGUCAGAGGAGAGGAUGCCUGGAAGGUCUACUUUGAAGACGCUGCACAAGAGAUUGUUGAUGAAUUUGCAAUGCGCUAUGGAGUCGAAAACAUCUACCAAGCAAUGACGCACUUCUCUUGCCUGUCUUCCAAAUACAUGUGCCCUGGUGUUCCAGCUGUUAUGAGCACUUUACUAGCCAACAUCAAUGCUUUUUAUGCUCACACCACAGCCACCACCAGUGUCUCUGCUUCUGAUCGAUUUGCUGCCACUAACUUUGGGAGAGAAAAGUUCAUCAAACUCCUGGAUCAGUUGCACAAUUCCUUGAGGAUUGAUCUCUCUAAAUACAGGGAUAAUUUUCCUGCCAGCAGUCCGGAGAGGCUUCAGGACCUAAAAUCAACUGUCGAUCUCCUGACAAGCAUUGCAUUUUUUCGCCUGAAAGUUCUAGAGCUGCCGAGUCCCCCUCGAGCCAGCACCGUUGUGAAAGACUGUGUCCGGGCCUGCUUGGAUUCCACAUACAGAUAUAUUUUUGAUAACUGCCAUGACCUGUAUGCUCAGUUAAUGGACCAGGGUAAGAAGCAAGAUAUUCCUCGGGAGGAACAGGGUCCAACGAUUAAGAAUUUGGAUUUCUGGACCCAGCUCAUUACCUUGAUGAUCACCAUCAUUGAUGAAGACGGAGCUACCUACACUCCUGUCCUGAACCAGUUCCCUCAGGAGCUGAACAUGGGCAAAAUCAGCGCAGAGGUCAUGUGGGUCCUCUUUGCACAGGAUAUGAAGUUUGCUCUGGAAGAACAUGAGAAGCACAGGUUAUGCAAGAGCACAGACUAUAUGAAUUUACACUUCAAAGUGAAAUGGUUUUAUAAUGAAUAUGUGCAAGAGCUCCCCUCAUUCAGAGACACCGUGCCUGAGUACUCUCUGUGGUUUGAGCCAUUUGUUAUGCAGUGGCUAGAUGAAAAUGAGGACGUCUCCAUGGAAUUCCUCCACGGCGCAUUGGGAAGGGACAAGAAAGAUGGGUUCCAGCCCACAUCAGACCAUGCCCUCUUCUCUUGCUCAGUGGUAGAUGUUUUCACACAGCUCAACCAGAGCUUUGAGAUCAUAAAGAAGCUGGAAUGUCCUAAUCCUGCAGCACUUUCUCAUCUCAUGAGAAAAUUUGCAAAGAUAAUCCACAAAGUGCUUACUCAGUAUGCUGCAAUUAUAACAAAGGAUUUCAGUUCUUACUGUGAUAAGGAAAAUGUGCCCUGCAUCUUGAUGAACAACAUUCAGCAGCUGCGAGUACAGCUUGAGAAGAUGUUUGAAGCCAUGGGUGGGAAAGAGCUGGACCCUGAGGCCAGUGAGACCUUGAAAGAGCUGCAGACCAAGCUCAGCAGCGUCCUAGAUGAGCUCGGCCUAGCUUACAGCGCCAGUUUCCAGCUUCUCAUUGAGGAAUGUGUGACCCAAAUGAGCCUGGAGUUAAAUCGGAUGAAAGGAGACGGAGGAGCAGCAGGCAGCAACAGCGCCGUGCAGGCUGAGAUUGUGCUGCGCCCCUUGAUGGAUUUCCUUGACAAAACCUUAAGUACCUCAGCAAAAAUCUGUGAGAAGACUGUUCUGAAACGGCUUUUGAAAGAGCUCUGGAAGUUGGUCCUGAGCAAAAUAGAAAGGCAGAUUGUGCUCCCACCCCUGGCAGACCAAUCCGGCCCUCCGAUGAUUCUCAGUGCAGCCAAAGAUUUCAGCCAGCUAUCAAAGCUGAAGGACCACGUCAUCCGAGAAGAAGCAAAAAGCCUGACCUUAAGGCAGUGUGCAAUAAUGGAAGUAGUUCUGGCCACCAUCAAGCAAUAUUUUCAUGCCGGAGGAAAUGGGCUGAAAAAGAGCUUCCUGGAGAAAAGUCCAAACUUGCAGUCUCUCAAGUAUGCCCUGAAUUUGUACACGCAGACCACAGAUGUUCUGGUCAAGAAAUUCAUCAACAGCCAGACUUCUCAAAGUCAAACAACAGACAACACGGUGGGGAAGAUUAGUCUCCAGGUGGAUCUAGCAACACACCCUGCAACUGGCGAGCAUAAAGUCACUGUCAGAGUUGUAGCCAUCGAGGAGCUCGUCUGGCAGACUAGCGCCACCUUCCGCCCCUUUGUGGAGGUCUGCAUUCUGGGGCCCAGCCUGAGCAACAAGCGGAGGAAGCACGGCACCAAAAGCAAGAGCAACACCUGGUCCCCGAAAUACAACGAGACAUUCCAGUUUCUCCUGAGCAGUGAAGAGCGGCCCAGUGCUUACGAGCUGCACCUUUCCGUGAAGGAUUACUGCUUUGCGAGGGAAGACCGGCUCAUAGGGGUGGCCGUGGUCCAGCUGCGGACCCUCCUGGAGAGUGGCGGCUGCAGCCCUGUAUGGCACCCUCUGCUGAGAAGUAUCUCUGUGGAUGAGGCUGGGCUGACAAUCCUGCAGAUCCUUUCUCAGAGGACCAGCGAUGAAGUUGCCAAGGAGUUUGUCCGCCUCAAGUUAGAAACACGGUCCACUGAAGAAACAGCCUGAAAUUCCAGCAAGGAAAUGCAAACCUCCAGCCCCAAAAACCUGUCUUUGGACAGAACUUGGACAGGUUCUUGCACAGAAUCUGUCUAAGAACCUUGAUGAAUCUGUCUUUUCGAUGUCUGACUCAUGCAUGUAUGUGCAAGUCUGUGGGAAUGUUUGACUCUGUUUCUGUGUUUGCCAGAACAUAAAUUACUGUAUUUGCAAGGUACGUUCAAGAGCUGUUAAUCUUUUCUACAUGUUUUGAUUCUUGAGGAAAAAAUGGAACUGUUCCAAUGAAGUGCCAAAACUGCAGCAAGGAGCAAAAUUAUGAACGGCAUCUUUUGAGAUAUACUGAUUUUGUCUCAUGACAGCCAUUUCCUCGUGGUCAUUUCCUGUUUAACUGUCCUACAGCCCAUGGCAACCUCAUGUUACUGCAGACCCAUUUCUCCACAUCACUUUGGACACUUGGCCUUAUUUCCCUCCCAUUUUAUGCAAAGUCCAUUUAAGUCUUGCUUUUGAAAUCCUUUUUCUACCAUCUACAGGUAUAGUUACUUCAAGAAAGUGUUUGUAAUUUUAUAGUUGCUGAUUUAAAGAAAUGAUUUUUGCAUACAAACUUUUAAAAAGUGGAAAUGUUUUAUGCUGACCUUUCUUUCCCAGUCUUUCAUACUUAUCACUGUGAGGAAGAGCUGGCAGAGCAAGUUCUCAAGACAUCUGGUCACGUUUGUUACCGAUCUUUAAUAUCUUGAGAUACGUUUGUUCUCCAAAGAUACCAAGGUAAUUCCAUACUUUUAUUAAGGAGUAAUUCUGUCUCUGGGUUCAGAGCUUUUCGGGUCUGGAUGGGUCCCAAGUGACAUGACAGUUCUCUGGGUAGGGCAUCUGGGGUGGGACCUCUGGAAUGAGGAGGAUGUGCCUCAAAAGGAUGCUGGUACGGGUAAUCCGAGGAAGAUACCUAGUGAAUGAAUUUCAGUAUGGUGUACUAGUUUCCCAAGGUUGUGUUGUGUGAAAUGGU